AUGAGGAAUUUGUUGGGGAUUCAUAAUAUUGGAGGGAUAGGAAAGUAUUUGGGUUUACCAGAGCAGUUUGGGUCAAAGAAAAGUGAGAUGUUUGCAUAUAUUAUUGAUAAGGUGAAGAAGGUCACUCAAGGAUGGAAGCAAAGACACUUAUCACAUGGAGGAAAGGAAAUCCUGCUCAAAGCAGUGGCUAUGGCUAUGCCAAUAUAUUCAAUGAAUAUUUUUAAACUCCCCAAGGAGGUAUGUGAAGAAAUCAAUGGUAUUUUGGCACGGUUCUGGUGGAGUUCGGGUGAAAAUAAAGGUAUGCACUGGUACUCUUGGAAAAGAGUUUGCUUGCCAAAGAAGGAAGGUGGACUUGGUUUUCGAGAUUUGGAAACUUUCAAUCAAGCGUUACUUGGUAAACAAGUUUGGAGGAUAAUGCAGAAUCCAAACUGUUUGAUGGCACGCAUUUUGCAGGCUCGGUAUUUCCCUGAAGGAGAUAUACUAAAGGCUACAGUUAAAAGGAAAUCCUCAUAUGCAUGGAAAUCUAUCAUGUAUGGCAAGGAGUUGAUUGUGAAAGGAAUGAGACAUCUUAUUGGUGAUGGCUCUUUUACAAAUAUGUGGACGGAUCAGUGGUUACAGGUACAUCCCCCACGUCCACCACGACCAAUCACUGAAGUGGAUGAGGCAGAGAAAGUCAGUAUGUACCUCCAUAGUAAUAAUACUGGUUGGGACUUGGACAAACUGAGACUAGUAGUUGAACCGGAAGAUUUUGAGGUUAUUGGGUGGCAAUGCACUUACCUGAAAACACAGUGA